GGCGAGGCGGGCGCUGCCGGCCGUGCGGCGGCGCGGGCGCGCGCGCGGAGCGGAGAGGCCCCCCGCCCCCCGGGCAGCGCGGGGCCCCGCGCCCCCCCCUCCCCCGGCGGCCCGGCCUGCCCCGCCCCGCCCCGCCCCGCCUCUCCCGGGCAGCGGCGCCCGGGGGGGCCGGACGCCUCGCCGGGGAGCGCUCGAGACCCUGUGACACAUCUUCAUCCCUGUGACACAAACCUCUAUUCCUGUCAGACCCAGGAGGAAACUGCAGCACAGAGAGAUUAAAACCAAGACUGAGAAAACCCAGCAGCUUCAAGCUAGUGCCUGACAUGAUGCUCUACAUCCCAGAGCAUUAGCCACUGCAACUCCUAUCAGGGAUCAGUUUGGAAGUGUUGACAUAAGAGAGAAACAAACAUAUUCUCCUUAUUCCCAGAGCCAGCAAGCCUGGCAUGAGGCGGUCCUGGCAGUGUGAGGAGUUCUCGCUUGGUGCAGUCAGUGGAAUUAUGCCAGCUCGCAGCAGCUGAGGAUCUGGUUCCUCUCCUGUUCCUUCUGUUACGUUUGUGCCUGGACUCUGCAGACACCUGCCAGCAAUAGGUAGCUGUCCCUAGCCCUAGAGCAGCCGUCAGAGACAUGGAGCAUGCCCAGCCUGCAGAUCAAACGUCUAGCACAAGGAUGACAACUGGGAAAGGAUGGUGGGAGGAAAGAUCAUCCCCCAUGAGCUCUACCAAUGUAAGCCGUGGGCCAUACUUGCUGUUGGCCUCCCAGCUGACCACAGGGUUAGCCUGGACCAGAAGGGGCUUGGGAACAGAAAUACUCUCAUCUGGCCUUGGAACUAGUUGUCUAAACCAUGUCAGAAACCUUCACGGCCAGGAACACUUUUAGAGCUAGGUCUCUGGGCUUGAGCAUCCCUCAGCAUGGAUGGGGUCCUGAUAGUAUGAACAAGAGCCCCUGUCUCCACUUGAUCAGAUCUUCUUCUGGCUAAUUUUGACCUACCCCUACUUAUUUCAGCAGAGCGAUGCUCAGCAGCGCAGUGUCUGGUUGCUACAGAACAGGUCUUACCCGAAGGCUUAUGAUCAGCUUGAAUAUCUAAGUUCAGGUGGUUCUCCAAAACUGACAAUAGAUUCAGGUGGAGGCCUAACCAUUAUGUUUCCAAAAUUCAGGAGCUGUUUGAGAUCCAGAGUCAUACUUUGCAAAGCCCUUGGGUCUGCUUCACUGCUUAGACUCUGGGUUUUUUUCCACUUUUUGUUUGCUUGGUGAUGACUUUUUUUUAAUAUGAAUUAUUGUCAUGGAGAGUUUCCCUGAAUAGAACAGAUCAAUGAUUCUCUGUGUGUGGCUGCUCUGUCUACGCAACACUUGCUCAUCAGUUCCCUUCCCUUUCCCUGCUGGGCAGUAGCUGCUGCUGCUGUUGUGGCACUGAGUAGACCAGAUCCAGUGGCACAGAGGGUAGAAGUAUGCAGAUGCACUCUGAUUUCAGAUUUCCCAUGUUUGUGCCUGAUUGUCCGAUACCCCUGAGCUCCACUGUGGUCAAUAAUGGCUGGGGAAGUCCAGGUGCUGUGUAGUCUGAACCAGGUGUAUGUGGUUUUGCAGUCAGUGGAGGAUACUUUCCCGCUCAGCCUGCAAUGAACCCAUGCCCCAGCAUGUUGUUAGCUGGGAUCAGACCAAAAGUACUGUUUUCACAUUUCCUUGGAAACUUGUGAGAGUUUGACUUCUCCUCCCACAGUCUCCUCGGCAUCUCAAAAUCUCCCAGCAGCUCCUGCUUCACAGAGCUGUUUAUAGGGAACUGAGAGACACAUCCUGCAUGUGUGGUGAGAGAUUUACAUGCUCGGGGAGAUGCAGGACAAGUGCUUUGCGAGCCAAGAUGGCUAGUCAAGCUGCUGGCUGAUCACAGGGAGGCCUGGUGCUGUUUGCCUGAUGCAAUUUCUCUGCUCCAAUUGUUAGAGACAGAUGUUAAUCACACUGCUUAAUGCAGUUAUGGACAGCAGUAGGGCAUCAAAGUAAUGGGAACUGCGCAAUAACCUUGCCUAGAAUAGAACAGAAGGAGCAGAACAGUGGCUCAUUUCUCUUUGCAGGCAUGUCUUUCUGUUCAGAGCCCAUUAACCCCUGUGUCCCAGCUGCUGGAGAUGUAACAUCAACUAAACUACAGAGAAAUUUUCAGAGGACUGCUAUGAUAGUUCUUGGGGUUUACACUGCUCUACUCCAGAGGUAGCUGCAUUUUCAGUGAAGCAAUUCCUGGACUAAUGUUAUUACAGUAAUUUUAUAAACAAAGUUCUGCAAGUACUUCUGAAAGGAUCAUCCCAGGGUAUUUUGCAAUGCCUGAUCAUUUGUACAAUAGAAGCAUGAAACAUUCAGAGCCUUUCAUGUUUUCAGCAUGAAUAGAUCUGUCGAAUUUCACAAGGCCAAUCUGAAAUAGGACCCAUUUUAAAAUUAAUAUUGAUAAUUAGCAGUGCAUGACUAAGACUGAGUGGGAGCCCUGAUGGGAGACUUGAGAAAUACUCACUUUCUAUAGUAGCAGAUGGGGGACCAGUGCAACCCACUACUUUUAAGGAAGCUGCCUUACCAGAGUGCACGGGCUGAGGAACACCAAUGCAGUGGAUAGUGCAGUGACUUACCGGCCACCAGUGACUACCACAGCAAGGAAGUUGUACUGGGUUCAGUAAAAAGCAUCCUGAGGUAUGUAUGCCUCAGAGCCGAGUGCCAUUUUGUGGGAUCUGUUUCUACUGAUAAACGUAAAGGGAUUUUUAUACUUUUCCCUGAAUUUAAAGCAAGAGAGAAAAGAGAAGCAGGAAGAUGCUGUUCCUCCCUAGGUAGGAGACCAUGUGGCUCCCCUGGGGCAGACCAAAUUGAGAGGAGUUCUGAGACUGGCCCCAGGUAGAUCUGCCAAGUGCCUGCGAGGAGGCUGAAGCAGUGAGGGGAGGGCGUAUCACUAACUUCAGGUGAAUCAGGCAGGGCUUUUGGGGGCUCUCGGUACCCCUGAAAAAUCAUUUGUUUUUAUUUUGAAUGGGCUUCUGUGAGCUGCUCUCAAAAAUUGUACUAGUGAAUCAGUGAGCUUUGGGAAAGUUGGUGCCCAUCUCUAAGAGCUUUGCACUGUGCAUCUAUUCUCAUUCUCUUCUAGGUAGAAACCAGUGUGGUUGUCAUGAAGAAAACCCAUCAACGAUGGUGCUACAGGAUAGCUCUCGUGUGAGGGUCCUUGCUGUGAGGGGCACCUUUCCACUGCUGUAGCUGGAACCAAAGUCUUGAGUGGGUAGAGACAACCGCUUGGUAAAAACUAUCAGGCAGCUAUCAGGAUGAGUAACAGCUCGCCCUCUAUACGUGACUUGUAUCACAGCACUACUGCCACAGCCAAGCCAGACCCAGGGACAACAGUGGAUGUGACUGUACCAGAAACAGCUACCAUAAGCCCUGAAACUACCAGUUUCAACAGCACCAAAAUCCCAGAUGUGGUCAGCAGUGGACCUGGCAUGAGCACGAUGCUGCUGUCCUUUGGAAUCAUUACUGUGAUUGGGUUGGCUGUAGCAAUGGUUCUGUAUAUCAGAAAGAGGAAGAGGUUAGAGAAGCUGCGCCACCAGCUCAUGCCCAUGUACAACUUUGAUCCCACCGAGGAACAGGAUGAACUGGAGCAGGAGCUGCUGGAACAUGGGCGAGAUGCAGCAUCUUCCCAGGCAUCCCAGAACAAGAUUCUGCUGACGAGUCAAGGAGCUCUCCAGAGACCCAGUCGCCUUGUGUUCACAGACGUUGCCAAUGCCAUCAAUGCAUGAACAAUACCUGCCCCUGCUCUGGGAUCGUGCUGAGAUUGGGGAGGAUGGAGCCAACAAGUCAGUGACUUCUCGCAAGCAUGACUGAUCCGCUGAGCCCAGCUGGUCACACAGUUGGUUUGUGUUACAGAUGGGCACGAGCACUGGGAACUGUCGUCGCUUUGGAAAGCAAACCUUUUGUGAUGGCAGUAGCAAUAUUUGGUGUGUCCAUUACUACUAAAAGGUCCUGGGCUGCCAUGCCCGUUUCUGGGCUGGCGCUGACUGACACCAUCUACCCAGCUGUGUGCUUAGGAACAGUGCUCGCUUCGUUGUAGAUUAGCUGGUUUAGAGCACAUGACUGCCCUGUCUGGGUCAGGGAAGGAGAGGUGCAUCUUUCAAAGAGCUUCCCCGUUGGCUUUGUGCCACCAGGCCCCAGAGAGAGCCCUGAAUGAGCAUCUCUGUACGGUGACAACAGCCUUGGCAUACCCCAGAGGGCUGACUGCUGGCAAAGCCGCUCUGAGCUGGGAUAGCUGCCCCCACGAGCUGAGUGGUAACCUGGGGCACAGGCUGUUGCUCCCCCAGGGAAAACACAUACCUGGAGGCUAAUCCCCCUUGCGGCAUGCAGCCUGCUGAUAAACGUGUGCCCCAGGCGAUGUUGCAGCAUGGGCAAUUCACUAGCUUUAAAAAGUGAAAUGGAAAACAUUUGACUGAUUACAUAUUAACUGAGCAAGUAGCUGAAUAUCCCCAAUUAGGGCUGUGGCAUGGACACGGGAGAACUCACACAGCUUCUAGAGGCAGGGUCUGUCAUGUCCAGCUACAUGACUGCCUGCAGCUAAGCUAGGAAUGAGGGUGUUUGGGCAUGUGAUGCCACAGAGAGGAGACAAGUAGAACUGGGGCUCUCAUACCAUGUAUCCUCUCCUGCUUUGGCUCAGGGAAGUUUCUACCAUGCAGGCUAUUGUACAGAGAGAAGAUUAAGGCUUGAAAACUUUUCUUUUUUUAAAUGAGGAAAAAUGUAUAUUGGCUCAACAUUGCAGCAACCCUGUGUCUGCCCAGAGGUGGCUCAAUAGCUCGUUCUCACUUCCUUACCUGCCAGGACCUGCAGUCAGAAUCUUUUCUUCUUCCUGCUGAAGAAAACACAGAGCUUUGCGUUAGCCUCCAUUCAUGCUACCUGCUGGUGGGUCGAGUUCAUGUUACCUGAAGGUGGGUCUGGGCAGGUAAGACAGCAGUUCCCCUGUAACCCUGGAGCACCCCUCGUCCUCUUUGUGUGUCCUUCAGGACUGUGGGAGGGAAAGAGCAUGAUGGGGUCUCUGGCCGUCUUGGGGAGCUGCAGUGCUGUGCUGGAGCUGUCCUUGGCAGAGCCUUCCUGUGGCUGCCAGCCCUGACUACUGCUGGCCAGCUUGGUGGCUGGCAGUAGGGUCCAGGCUUUGCACUUUCAGUGCAAACACAGAGUGUGGCAUAAAGGACAGACUGGAGGGUUUCCUCCAUCCCCUCUACCCACCAUGUCUGCCAGUACAGCCAUGGCAUCAGGCAGGUGCCCCAUCCUCCCUGCCCCAUUCCUCAGUCAGGAAACUACAGAGGCAAUUGAAAAAGGUAUGUGUUUCUGUUCAUCCUGUUUGAUUAUCAAGACCUGCGGAGGGAGGGGGUCAUUUGGGGUAACCUGCUGCCAGAGAUUGUCUCUCACUCCUAGACGGGCAGUGUCCUUAGAUCCCUGGAGGUGAAUGCACAAAUCAAGCUGUCUCACUGCUGUGCUAGUGGUGCAGUGCGUGCGGAGCCUGCAUGCAAGCGUCAGUGCCCCAGCCAUGCACUGAUCACCUCCUGAUUUUCCUGCAGCACAUACAUGUGUCAGUCAGAUCAUGUUCCAUCCACAGCACCAGUUCAAAGGGAAUUAGGGCCAGCCAAAAUUUGAAUGCAGAUCUGAAGGUGGGCUUCAUGCAAGGAGGUUUUUCACUGAGUGGCAAUUGAGGCAUCAUGUCUUUUCCCCUUUUCACAGCUGCACACAAUUUCCUGGGCAUAAGUCUCUGACCCCUGCAGCAAACAGUUCCUUAGCAACCCUACCUUCUUCACUGGCACAGCUUUCCUCAUGGCAGUUUUGCAGGACUGAGCUGGUUAAUAAUUUUUCAAAAUCCAUCUCCCUUUCUAAACCUGGAGGGUUCUGGGUGUGCAGUAGGGUUAGAAAUGUGACCCCCUGUGGAAAGUGGCCCGUCCACUGCCCGGAGGCACCCCCAGGCUGCUGGUAUUUGCAUUGCAGGGAGAAUGUUGAAGGAGGGUGGGUGUGUGUGCAAGCAGUCAGUGUAAUCUGGCUUAGGUGCGUAGAAGUUGGAGGACACUAUCCGUGGGUCUUCCCAGAGGUUAUCCCUGUGUGACCAGCUGAGCAGCAUUUCUCCUAGAACUCUUAGGGUUGGAACUUUGUUUUUUUUCCUCUAAAUUCUCUGUAAAAGGUAACUGUAGGCUGGGGUAUUUCCUCAAACCAACAGCAUACUUCAUGCUCUUUACCCAACUCCGUGUGCUGCACGGGCAGCUGCCAAGCAGUGCGUCUGCCAGCUCUGGUGCAAAGACAUGCACCUUGUUCCACGUUAAUGUUGAGAUAUAUCUUGUAUAACGAACACACCUACAGAGAAAUUCCUUUAACCAUUCUUCCUGUAAUGGUAGGAUUUGUCCUGUGAUGACUGCCCUUAGAUUAAUGAAGUACAGAUAAUGAGACUAAGAGAAUAUUACAGGUAUAUGCUGGGCUUGUCCUGGAGUGUUCUUUUAGUGUGAUAGCGCCUCCUUUCACAAUUCUUGGAAGUAUGCAUACAACUUAGCAGAAGCAUUAUGAUGUAAUUUAAUUCAAGUGUUUCUGUGUUUUAAGCAUUGAAAUAUAAUUAAAGUAUUUACAUUAAAUCUA